CGUUUAGCAGAGCAGGCGGCCACGCGAUCACGCGAGGCUGCGGCCACAGCAGAGCAGGGAAUACGAGCUCCAGUCGCGUCCAGCAUGGAGGCCCGGGCGCUGCUCGCAUUGGUCGCUGUGGCCAGCUCCGCCGCCAACCUCGCCUCUGCAGACAUCGCCCUCGUUGGUCCGUACACUGUGGACAUGUUAGAGCUUAGCGCCUGCGACGAUGGGGAAUACCCAGGCAUUUUGGUUAACAUUUCACAGACCGUGGACGAAGAAACCAAUGAACCCACAUACACAGGAGCCAUCACUUUGCACUACGACAUUUUUGCGGACGACUUCGAGGUGGAGCUCACGGUAUACAGGUGGGGCAGUACUGGUGGAUGGUAUUUAGACUACAGCCUGCAAUUCGACAAACCGUACGAGUAUCUGAAGUCUAACUUCCCCACGGUCUUCGAAACUGUUUUCGAGGAUAUAGGAUUCAAAGAGAAGCCAGUAUCUCCGGGGACCUACUACUUUCAUCGAUUAAUGCCACGAGGAGUCAGAUUAAAAAGAUUCAACCUGCUUCCUUACGGGAAGUACAAACUAUAUUUAAAAGGUCUGAAGGACGGCAAAACAGUGACCUGUAUAAUGACGAUCUGCACUGUCAACGAAGCUGAGCAUACAAAAGGUAUUCCAUGGAAGUCACUGCUUUAAAAGUAUGUAAUAUCAGUGUAAUUUUUUUGGUUUUUGUAAAUUGUACUAUGUAUGUGUCCUAAAUUGUACGACACAUCUGAGGAGUGUCAGUUAUUAUGUGAGAUGUAGCACAAAAAUACAGAAAUAAUGUGUAUGGUGUAUAACAAUUAAUGUUAAGUGUUAUUGUAUCUUGCUCCUGAAAUAUUGUUGCACAAUC